AUGGCUGGCUGCCAUUCCUUCUGCCUACUCAGACACAUCAUCCCUUUUUCAGUCUUCUCUGUUGUUUUUAUUGGUUUCUUGUGCUGAUGCCUAAAACCAUUUUUUUUCUGUCAGCAGCUCCAGUCAUUGCAUUGGAAUCCCUGGUAUGAGACAAGAAGAGAAGGCUCUGGUACAGUGGGAUUACUGCUGCAUUGUUAUGAAGGCAGCCACAGCCACCAUACUUUUCCUAGCUACCUUCGCCUUGCUCUCUUCAGGGAAGAAGUUCAGAUGGUGCACGCUGUCUGACCUGGAGCAGAGGAAGUGUGCUGAGUUAUCUAAAGUACUCCUGGCUGUCCUACCUCUGGCUACAAUCAACUCCUUUGCUAGGGUUUCCUGUAUCAGAGCUCAAAAUACUCAUGACUGUAUCGACAAGAUCAGGGUGAAUAAAGCAGAUGCUGUCUCCUUGGAUGCUGGAGAUGUUUAUUCUGCUGUGAAGCUGUAUGGCCUAACUGUGGUGGCAAAGGAGAUCUAUGAGGAAGGAAACUGUGUGUUUGCUGUGGCCAUUGCCAGACGAGGAACUUUGGACAUCCAGAGGUUAAGGGGGGUGCGUAGCUGCCACAAUGGAGCCAGGUGGACAUCAGGCUGGAACAUCCCACUGGGCUUCCUCCUGGCUAGGAAUGAGCUCCUCUGGGAUGAGGAUCAGCCUCUGAGCCAAGUGAUCAGUCAAUAUUUCAAUGCCAGCUGCAUCCCUGGUGUUGGCGUCACCUUUCCUCAGCUCUGUGCUCUCUGUCAAGGACCGAAAUCCUACGUUAGGAACAAGAACCACUUCUGUGAGACCAGCAGCAGUGAGCCCUUCUACAACUCUGAGGGAGCCUUCAGGUGCUUGAAGAAUGGGGUAUCAGAUGUUGCUUUCCUAGAUCACUUAACUAUAAUGAAUGGCACAGAUUCAGAACAAGAGGAAUAUGAGCUCCUGUGUCCUGAUGGAUCCACAGCAAAGCUGAGUGCCUAUGGCACCUGUAACCUGGGUCGUGGGCCUGGGCGUGCCAUCAUCAGUCGCCACAACUUCCAGAAGAUCACCAAGAAAUUCCUCACCCUGAUCCAGCAUCUCUUUGGGCGGAAGGGAAAAGAAAGGGCCAAGUUUGAGCUCUUCACUUCAGUGCCAUUCAAGGGGAAGAACCUGCUGUUCCACGAUGCCACUCAGCACCUGCAGCUGCUCAAGGACAAAGCACAGAUCUCCCAUAUCCUUGGCCUGGACUACGUAGCCCUCUUGAAGGGACUAGGCCAUGAAGGGAGCUCACUGGACAACAGUGUGGUACGCUGGUGCUGCAUCAGCAAUGCUGAGCUCCGCAAGUGUGAAGAGUGGGCCCUGAACAUCAAAUCUGACCCCCUUGUCUGCGUCCAAGCCGCUUCAAUGACCAACUGCAUUGAGCUGAUCAAGAGUAAUGAGGCCGAUGCAGCCACGCUGGAUGCCACGCAUGCCUACAUUGCAGGGAUAUGUGGGCUGGUCUCAGUAGCUGCAGAAUGUUAUGGAAAGGGGUGUGCCCCAGCUGCUGGGAGAACAAAGAAGCUGACCCACCUUGCAGAUAAAGCACUGCCACCUGUCUACGCUGUAGCCCUGGCAAAGAAGAAUGCCAGGCAUGUAAAUAUCCAUAACCUGAGGAGACGGCGUUCCUGCCACAGUCACCUGUACAGUCCUGGGGGGUGGCUGCUCCUCUCCAGGUACACAGUGGGGGCUCUGGAGAACAACACUGUGAACUGUGAUAUCGGCUCUGCUUACCAGAGUUAUUUUUGGAAGGGUUGUAUGCCAGGAGCAGACAGGAACCUAUGCAAAGUCUGUAUUGGAGGUGGUGAGAUGGAAGGGGAGAAAGAGUCCAGCAGGUGUGCUGCGAAUCAUAAUGAACGCUACUAUGGAAACAUGGGUGCACUCAGGUGUCUAGUCGGCAGUCCCAGUGGAAGGAGCUUUGGGGACGUGGCUUUCCUGGAACAUCAUAACCUGCUCAAGAAUAUUGAGAGUCUGCAAAGCUCAGGUUGGGGUACAGGUUAUACCCUCAACGACUUUGAGCUGCUGUGUCUGGAUGGAAGGCGUGUCGCAGUCACAGACUGGGCAGACUGUAACCUCGGCCCUGUUCCUCCUAACAUAGUCAUGACUCGACCAGUGACUACCACCAAGAUCUACGGCUUCCUGAUGAAAUCCCAGGAAACUCUGGAAACAAAUCUGGAUUCUAAGUUCCAUCUGUUUCACUCACAGAAGUAUGGAGAAAGUGAUCUGCUCUUUAAAGAUGCUACUCAGUAUCUUGUUCACACAAGUCACCUGGGCUAUCAGUCAAUUCUUGGAGAGCCCUUCUUUCAGCUGGCAGAAUCUGUGUUUAACUGCACACAUGCAGACAUCUUAGAAUUCUGCAAACAGGAUAUCUGCACAUCUUAGAUGUGCAGACAUAUCUACAGACACGACACACAGAAGUUCCGCAAGACAUCCACCACUGCCACCCAAGUUGAAAUCAAGAGAUGCCAAGAGGAUUUUCACCACUUGAGACUGGCUAUUUUCUGUUUCAUAAAAGCAAGACAGACCUCGUUUAAAUACUGAAAAAACCCAAACCUUGCAGUUACCUUGCACCUACUAAUAUAUACACUCCCCCAUUCCCCAUGACAACUACUGGGCUGGAGGUGCUGAUAAUGCUUCUCAAAUGUCACUCCCAUUUCCUAUCCAGAAGCACUGCCUGUUACCUACGUUCACUCCACUUGGUGUGGAGUAUGGCACCAUGCAGAGCAGUACAGAUCAGACAGCAAACCUUGAGACUGGGCCACUGGCAUCAGAAAAGCAGCACCAGCAAUUAAGAUCAAAACGCAGUAUUUCCAGUUUAAACCCCACUCCCCACCCCCACAAUUCAGCAUCUUUAUAGGAAGGACAGGGCCACGCUGAGGGCCACAUUGGGCCUAGGAAUUAUUCCUACCUUUACAGACCAAGUACAUAACACAGGUUAGUGCGUCGUUCCCCUAACAUGUUUCAUUUAUACUACAUUUUCAUUUAAAACAACUUGUUAUCUGAGGUAACUACAACAUUACUUUUAUAUGCAUAGAUCUUGCUAUAGUUAGCCGCUACACACUACCUAUAUAUUUACAUCUAGCACAGACAAGUGUAUCCAUUUCUGCUAUGAACAGGGAAGGGUUUAUUUCUCUUCUGUUUGUAUGACCAGCCAAGAAUGUGUACCAAAUGAAUCAACAGAUUUUGCAGUUAUCCCUUGGGAAAUUAACAAUCUAUAAUGAAUAAGUUUCUACCAUCAGAACCAGUUCCUAUAUUCUUAAUAGGAGGUGGGGAUGGUGGGAAGGGAACAACAAUGGAGUUCCCAUUCUUGUCCAAAAGAGCAGCACAUAACAGGGUAUUUCUCAUGACUGAGAAUAAUCUAAUUUGUGUUCAUCCAAACCUUAGGGAACCUUCUCACAAUGUAUAUGGUUAAACUGUUCGCUUUUUACAAGAGGAGGUGCUGGAACACAGUGCAAGGUCUCUGAAAGGGAGUGGUGUCUUGUUCGCAUUGUAGUUCGCAUUAACUUUAAGAACUCAGUUGCAACCUUGUGGAACCAUUGUACGUUACCAGGCACGAGGCGGAUUCCUAGAACCAUUCUCUUAGUUAGUUAGUUAGAAUGGGCUGGGAGUGCUGCACAGGCAGCCUCAUUAGCCCAGGGUGCAGAGAACACCACCAUUCAGCAGGAUAUUAAGAGUGGCAAAACAAAUCCAAGCCAGUCCUCUUCAGACAGAUGAUAGGAAAUUUAAGUAGGGAUUGUGAGAGCACGUUAGUUUCAUUACUUGUAAUUUUUGUUUCCCAUGAUAGAGGACAUCCCCUGGUCUGGACAUUACUCAUGGACAGGGAUCUGUGUUCUCUGCAACAUCAUUUCAUCAAAUUCUGCAGCAAGAACUCCUAGAUUAGGUAACAACAUAUUUUGUUGCUAUGAAAUAGCCCUCAUUUUCAUCCCCUCCCAUUUCCACUAGGUUUAGAUUACCCUAAAUUACCCAAGGGAGGAGGAGUAAGAAGUGAAGGCUAGCCUCCUGCAUUAUCUGGAGAACAGCACAGGAUGUGAGGUCAUGGGAGCCAUGCCACUUAGCACAGCAAAAAAACCACACAUAAAACUUGAAAAUAAUCAUUGCUGAAAAUAUUUUACCAUUUUUGAUCACCGAGUAUUUGACUGUGAAGCAUUAGUCAAAAAUACUGAUGGAUAUAAAAUUUGUUGAUGAGAAUUUCAACAUUUUUGCUGUAUUCUCCAGAUGGCUUAAUUCCAUUUCCAGGCCUCUUUUCCUGUGAUGUUCUCCAGGUUGUCUCAUACAUUCUAGGGAAGAGAGAAGCUUGUAGCCAUCUCUAUCAGCUUGUGUUUCCCUGGCUGCUGUGCUGUUCUCCAAGCAGUCUCUCUACUUCUGGCUCCCCUGUUCCCUGGCUCCUUUCUGCCUGGCUUGAUGAAACAGUGCAGGGAGCAUGCACUGUAAUCCAACUCACUUGCCCUCCUGGGGAAAGCUACCUAUAGCCGAGUCCCAAUAUGACAAGGAAACCAAAGAAAGUGCAUCGUGCUGCAGCAAAAAGGAGAAGUCUGUGGCAUCUUGGUGUCAAAUACUGCAGCCACUGAAUUGCAGAGUACACAGGGUCAUGCUCCUGGGCUGAAUCUGUUCGUUCCGCCAUAUUUAAUGCAAGUUUAGGCUUCCUCAUGCCUCCACUUCCUUCCUUUGAGUUCAUACACCAUCUACUGGACUGAUGCAGCACUGCACUUUGAACCCAGGAGGGGACUUCCACAGCUGAGUGUACAUAAACUAGUAGAAAACAUUAGUAAGACUACGAUAGAAUGUAGGAUUAAUAAAAUUAAAAAGCAUAACAGCUUCAACUGCAAGUUUUGUUUUAUCAGCAACAUUUUUAUAGGUAGUUAGGGUCUGUCCAGAAUGCCAGAUGUCCUUUGUUAUGAGAAAUGCGAAUCACAGAGAAAAAAAAAAAAUCAGUCUUCUGCAGGAAUGACUAGAUACAAAACUUUAGAGCAAUAAAUCUGUUAUAUCAAAGUGAUUAAUUCUUAGUUUGAAGUCAUCAGCCUGGUUUCUUCCAGAUUGUAGUAUAUGAAGAGCAGGCCUAGUUAAUUGUUUCUAAUCUCUCAUGGGUUAUGAAUUCUGUCUGACUGUUCAGUGUCUCAUAGGCAGGAAUUUACAAUACCUUACUACUUUGCAGAGGUUAACCUUGUCAUGCAACACUAACUGCUAUGUAUAGUGUAGUAGGCCUGUGUUUAAUACCCCAGUUCUCUCCCCACCUUCUUUGGGGCAGCAAAGCUAUAUAGAAGCAGUGGAAUUCAGAAGGAGCAGUGCAACACUCAGCAGCUACCCCAGCUAACCAGUGACUUCUUUGGCAUGUUGGUGCUUGCAACAUGUAGCCUCUGGUUUGGACAGGAGAGAGCAGAGGGGAAAAAAGGAAUGAAUCAGACAGGGACAGAAUACAGAAUUCAUGCAGCCCAUCCUGCACUUGCCAGUGUUGUUGGGUAGUUUAUAAACAGGAAAACAUUAGGACCAAGGACCUUACCUGAGCACCUAGGUGGUGUUUGGAGAUUUGUUUUUCUGUACUGUACACAAGCCUGCAUGCAGUUUCUUCAUCUCAUGUGUGUGCAAAAUGUUACACAGUAGCCUAAACAGUUACUGGCUAAAGAGAAGCAAUAUUUGCACUUCUAUUCAAGGAUUUCAAAACACUUUACAGACAAUGAAUUCAUUCUCACAGCUCCAUUAAGAGACAAAUAUUAUCCUCCUUUCACAGGUGGGAAACCUGAACUAACUUAAGGCACAAAAUAAGAGUGGUAUUUGAGGGAUUAAAAACCCAAAGUCUUUAGUAAACAACUGAAAGAUUCUCAAAAAAAAUUUAUUUCCAUAAAUUAAAAACACACACACAAAAGAAAAAAAAA